AUGGACAGUGAAGGUGCAAAUUCGACGGAGGAUGGUCCAACUAUGAGCAUUUCGUCAGUGUGCUAUGAUGAUGAAAGGAAAUAUAAAUGCUGUUGUAGUUUGAUCGGAAUAAAGAAUGGCGCAUAUGGAGUGGCGAUUUUCUAUGCGACAAUGAUUGUCUCGAAUUUGGGAAUUCGACUAGUCAAAUCUAACGAGGUUCAAUGGAAUUGGCAAUUGCUGUUUCUCGUCUCGGAUAGCAUUGCGGUGUUGUGUUUGGUGUAUGGAGUGGUCAGGGAACAGCCGGCAUUUUUGCAGCCAUUCACCAUUAUCAGCAUGGUCACUGUAAGCUUUUGUGUGCUACUGACCACAUUCUACGCAUCGGCUGUCAUUGAUCCGACGUCAUACGCUGGAGAACAAAUCGAAAUUCUCCUUGCAGGACAUGUGAAUGAUCAUACACUGGUGGCGCUAUUUGGUGCCCUGAUUUACGGUAUUACGGUCUUCAUACAUAGUUGGUUUAUGUUGCCAGACGUGUAG